AUGGGGAUCGGGAGGCAGCGCGGUGCUGCUACCAUCGUCUUGGGGAUCCUGGAGCUCUUCCUCUUCCGCUUGGCGACGUCGCAGUCGUUCAUCGGCGUCAACUACGGGACGAUCGCGGACAACCUGCCGCCGCCGGCGUCGACGGCCAGCCUGCUCAUGUCCACGUCCAUCGGAAAGCUCCGCCUGUACGAGCCACAGCCGGACCUGGUCGCCGCGCUCGCGGGCUCCAACAUCUCCAUCCUGCUGGGCAUCCCCAACGGCGCCGUCCCGAACCUCGCGUCCUCCCCGGCCGCCGCGGCGUCCUGGGCCGCCACCAACAUCCCCACCACGGUUUCCGUCUCCGCCAUCUCCGUCGGCAACGAGCUGCUCAACUCCGGCGACCCCACGCUCGCGCCCCAGCUCCUCCCCGCCAUGCAGAACCUGCUCGCCGCGCUCCCGGCGGGCUCGACCACCAAGGCAUAUGCAUGGUUGGCCGGACGGUUCCUGAGCAAGCCAAGUUGGCGACUACUGUACGUACAGAUCUCCACCGUGCACUCCAUGGCCGUGCUGUCGGCGUCGGACCCGCCGUCCUCCGGCGCGUUCCACCCGGACCUCGCCGGCAGCCUGGACCCGGUGCUGGACUUCCUGCACCAGAACGGUGCGCCCUUCAUGAUCAACCCGUACCCCUACUUCGCGUACGCCUCCGACACGCGGCCGGAGACGCUGGCGUUCUGCCUGUUCCAGCCCAACGCGGGCCGCGUCGACGCCGAGUCGGGGCUCACCUACACCAACAUGUUCGACGCGCAGCUGGACGCCAUCCGCGCGGCGCUGGACGCCAAGGGGUACAGCGACGUGGACAUCGUCAUCGCCGAGACCGGGUGGCCGUACAAGGGGGACGCCGACGAGGCCGGCGCCACGGUGGACAACGCCAAGGCCUACAACACCAACCUCGUGGCGCACCUCAAGUCCCAGGUCGGCACGCCGCGGACGCCCGGCAAGUCGGUGGACACGUACAUCUUCGCGCUCUACGACGAGGACCUCAAGGGGGGCCCGGAGUCGGAGCGGUCCUUCGGCUGUACAAGACAGACCUGA